AUGGCGGACAUUUCUCGUCAGCCUGACUCCGCAGCUCAGCCGUUGGAUCCCGUCCUCGUGGAGGGAGCCCUUUUCUUCCGGCCAGAGGAGCGGGGGAAAGCGGAGAUUGCGCAAGGCGCAAAAGCCGCUGCGGAACACCUGCAGCAACAGCAGGAGCAGCAAGGCGCGCAGAAUUACCCUUCAGAUGCGCGUGACGUGGCGCAUAGGGACGGUGCAUGGUCAUUUCGUUUAAAUCACAGCAGUGACGCGGGUAGAACAAGCGAGUGGGUCCCGACUGAAGGGGGAAGCACGGGAGCGGAUUUAGGCGUGCGAUUGCGAUCAAUUAACGUGAGAACGACCAGGGACAGAAACACUCCUCGGACUAGCUGGGAGCGGCAGGAGAGCUCAACCCUCGGCUCGUCGUCUUCCCCUGACAGCGCGUCCCCGUUUGGAGCUGCUUCGGUAGCAGCAACGGAACCUGGAGACUCGCUGGCGGUGUACCAACGAGCAGUGGCUAAGCUGGUGGCGUUUGGAUUCAACGGGAAGGAGAUAAACGACCAUGCUCGCCGCCUCAUUUCAUGGCUUACACAGCCAUGCGCUCUCAUUCUCUCACUCACACACUCACUCCCUCUGACCCUCACCCUCUCACCCUCUUCCCUUUCAGGUGCGGGCGGCGUUGUCCUCUUCUCACGCAACUUCUCAGACCCCCGUCAGCUAGCCUCACUCUGCGCCGACCUCAAGCGGGCGGCAUUCCCUCGGCGUCUUCUCAUCAUGGUGGACCAGGAGGGCGGCAGAGUCACGCGCCUCGGCCCGCCCUUCACUUGCAUCCCUGCCGCCCGCACCAUCGGCUUUUCCCGAAACCCUAAUCUCGCCCGGGCGGUUGGGCGUGUUUUAGGCCGCGAGUUAAGAUCGGUUCAUAUAGAUAUCGACUUAGCUCCAGUCUUAGAUGUGGAUACUAACCCUGACAAUCCAGUUAUAGGGGCUCGAUCGUUUAGUCGGGACCCGGGUGUUGUUUCCCAAAUGGCGUACGAGCUUAUAAGGGGUAUGCAGGGGGAGGGGGUGGCAGCGUGUGUAAAGCACUACCCGGGGCAUGGAGAUACGUCGGUCGAUAGCCACCUGGCGCUUCCUUAUUCGUCGCACGAUCUAAGCCGGCUUGAAUCGGUGGAGCUGGUGCCGUUUGCGCGGGCGGCAGUGGAUGCUGACGUGGCAGCUGUAAUGGUCGCCCACGUGGCAGUGCCUGCGCUUGCCACGUGGCAGCCUCCUCCUUCCAUGGAAUAUCUUCCAGAGAGUGUGAAACGCGUCAUCAGUCCGCGGUGGGAGCUCUUUUCCCCCUACAAGAGGCGAAGGCAAUGGGACGAGGCGAGGAGAGAAGCAGAAGCAACCUUGGGAUUGCCGCGAUCACUCUCUGAACCUGACCUCAGGGCUUCUAGCAGCGCUGGUGGUAGAAGGAGGAACCAUGACAGCAGCAAAAGCAGCAGUAACAGUAUGGUUACCGCCAAUGCUGACACAGUCAAAUCUCGCACAUCAUCAACCACGCAACAGCAGGCACACCAGCAGCAGCCUACCCCUUCCACCAACCACCCCACCACUUCCCCCAACCCCUCCCCACUGACCGCCUUCGGCUCUUCUCUCCCUGCCACUCUCUCCCCUGGCGCCCUCUCUUACCUCCGUAUGGAGAUUGGUUUCGAAGGCGCUGUGUUAUCAGAUUGCUUGGAAAUGGGUGCGAUAGUGAAGCAUGUGGGCGUGGGGGAGGCAGCAGUGCUGGCUGUAGCAGCAGGCGUGGAUAUGGUGUUGGUCUGCCACACGGAGAGCAGACAGGCAGAAGCUGUGGAUGCGCUGGCGCACGCGCUGCAGUCCGGGCGGCUCUCGGUGAAAGAUUCCGGGCAGCUUCCCGGGCAGUUGACGCUCUGGCGCGAACGUUUUGGCGGCCGCCCCCGCCCGAGGGGAGUGAGGUGGAGGAGAGGUACUGGGAGGAGGAGCAGCGGGUGGUGGGAUGCAGGGAGCAUAGGGAGGUAG